AUGGCUUCUCAGGGUGUCAACGUUUUGCGCUACUCGGCUCUCGUUGCCGGUCUCGUCUACGGUUUCUACCACCAGUCCUCUCUCACCUCCGCCGCCAAGCACGCAGAGGCCGAGCGUGAAUAUGCCCGCCAGGAGCGCCUGAUCGAGCAGGCAAAGGCCGAGUGGAAGAAGAAGACGGCGCCUAAGGACUCCAAGGCGAACAGCGGAGUGAUUACGGAUCCCGAGGACAGCCGGUUUGACCUUGAGGCUUUCCUGAAGCUGAAGGCCGGUGAGAACUAGAUAUGUUUGGAAGUAUACAGCGAGAAGAUGAUUUGCUUUUUAUCUCUCCCCCGACUGGAACCUGACAAGGUAUCGAGGAGAGGCUCCGGGAAGAUCCCGGUUAUGUAUUAUUGUUUGUUGGUCUAAUUUCCCAGAGUCGUGUCAUUGCGAGCGAAAGGAAUGAUUUUCUUUUUUCCCCACUAUAGACAUCAUCCCCGCCUCUGUACAUACCCUGGGCUGUCGUGCGUGUGUACACUACAGUUGGGCCAGAAGAGCAAGAGAUUCAGUUGUAUGCUUCGGUUUCACUCUGAUCCAUCCGUACUGUUUGCAUACGCCUGCAUGACUCAAAGCCCUUGCGCUUGAUGCCACUCUGGAGAGAGCGUUCAGUGGCCGCUUAUGGUACUUCAUAGAACGAUUGCUAGAAGACCAUUGAUCUGCAUGUUUU